AUGUUUCAUUAUUUAACAAAAAUGCUUAAAUUACAUGGUGUUUAUUUUGAUGAACAUGUUGUUUGGAGAGAAGUUCAGAAUGAAAUCCGUUUGGCUAAAGGAAAAAUAGUUCAUCCAAAAAUUGGAGAAGGAAAACAAAAAGCGAAAAGGGAAAAAAAUGUUUCUUGAAAAAUUUUUUUGUUAGAAUCGGAAGUUUUUAUUAGAUAUUUUUUGGUAAAUAUUUUCUUUUGGAAAAAAUUUUUUUGUUGAUCAAAAUUAAAUAUUUUCAAGAAAUGACUCUUUGAUUAGUAGAUUAACUAUAAGGUUCUAAAAUAGUCUUAUAUUUCUAAAUUUUAUUGCCCUUAAUAAAUUUUUUUAAUUAAAAAAUGUGAGAUCAUUUUUUAGAAAAAUCAUUUGAGAGACAAUUAGACUAAAAUUAAAAAAAACUUACACGCCUUUUUCCUGCCCUAUUAUUAUACAAAACAGUUUGUGGAUAUUCUACCAAAUCAUCUUCACAAUAAUCUUCAUCCUCCAUUUUAUCAUAACUGACUAGAAAUAGUGUAAGUAGAAGUACAAGAAAUAUACUGAAAAAAUUUUUUUUUGAAGUUUUCAAAUUUUUUUAGGAAGUAGGAAAGUGUCUAUAGGAAACAGGUAGUAAUCGAACACUCAUAAUCAGACCAAAACACUUUUUGGGCUUUGCAGAAAAUCCACUUCCCCUCUUCAAAAUUUUCCUAAUUACGUCCCUGGGCUUGAUAUUUUUCCCGAUACUAACCCUCUAGACCAGGACACUUUUCAGAUUUUGUAGACCCACCAUCCCUCACGAAAAGAUUUCUGACUACGUUUCCCAUGGCACCAAGCCCCCACCAACCCAAGUCAAUCGACCAACCACCAGAUAAAAAAUCACCCCCAUCAUUAGAAUC